UUUCAAAACAGCAUUCAGUCUCAACACUGCCAGCGAUUACAAUACAAUGCCUAAGGAAAACAAGCACCGUGGGCGGCGGGAAGAGAAGAAGAAGUUGAAGAGAAAGCGCGAAGAAGGAGACUAUGACACCGAUCCCUCCAAGAAGCAGAAACCUCAAGACCCCGCCGAAGGGGCGGACUUCUUGAGACUAGACAACAAUGAGAUCCCUGAAAAUGGGAUGCUGGGAGGAGGAGAAGUAGAAGGAGAGGAGGGAGUUGCAGAGAGACCCUUCUAUGGUCUUCUCACCGACGAAGAACAGGAAUAUUUCCGGCGCGCGGACGAGCUUCUUGAAAUCAAUAACUUUCCCGACCCCGAAGAGCGCUCGCUCUUCCUUGCGAAUGUCUACCGCGAGGCAGAAGGCAAAGAGCUGAAACUCGCAUGUUCGCAGUCAUGUUCUCGACUCAUGGAGCGGCUGAUACUACUGAGUACCGUGGAGCAGAAGAAGAAAAUCUUCCAGGACUUCAGUGGAAAUUUCGCACAUCUGGUACAACACCGGUUUGCGAGCCAUUGCUGCGAGACACUGUUCAUGCAGAGUGCGCCUAUUGUUACGGAGGAACUGACAUCUGGAAACGCGGAAACGAAGGACGAUGAGGUGUUUGUGUCGAUGGAGAACCUCUUCCUCUAUACCCUUAAUGAAUUGGAAGGCCAAAUGACCUCCCUCCUCACCGACCGCUUCGCGUCCCAUACUCUAAGAGUCCUGCUUGUUAUUCUCGCCGGCCGGCCUCUUGAGACAACCUCUAGCCGCUCUCUAUUGAAAUCGAAGAAGAAGGAAAAUGUCUCUAUCACAGGCCUAGACACUACGCCCAGCGAAAUGACGCAGUCGAUACGUGCGGUCCCUUCCUCCUUCACCUACGCCAUUGAAAAGAUAACACUUGACAUAAUAUCAACCAUGGACGAGUCAACCAUCCGGGUUCUGGCAGUCCAUCCCACCGGAAACCCCACGCUCCAACUUCUGCUGGAACUGGAAUUGACAACGAAAUCCAAGGAACCCAAGCCAAAAACACUUCUUUCAACUCUCCUCCCUGAUGACCCUGCUACUGCCGGAUCACAGUCUCAGAUCUUUAUUUCGGGUCUCUUAUAUGAUGCAAUUGGCUCGCGACUGCUCGAAACUCUUGUGACCCAUUCCCCGGGAAAGCUUUUCAAAUCCCUUUACCGAAGCACGUUCAAAGACCGUAUCGCCAGCCUCGCCCGAAAUGAAAUCGCAUCCUACGUCGUGAUCAAGGUGCUGAACCGGCUUUCUAAGGAAGAUCUGGUGGAAGCGGUUGAGCAGAUCACACCACAGAUCGGGGGUCUCGUAGAGCGGAAUCGGACUGUUGUGGUGAAGACGAUACUCGAACGAUGCCAUGUGCGGAACGCAGACACGAAGGCUCUCACCGAAGCCAUCGCCGCAGCGUACGGCUCCGAACCCCAGACGCUAUUGCUGAAGAUGGCGGGCAUCGAAGACCUCGAUUCGCUCAGCACUGCUGUCCUUCCACCACCGUCAUCAGACUCCGAGACCCCCGCUCCCGUACCUACAAUACCAAAACCCACGCCCGCCCAGUCGCAUGGUAGUUUCCUCGCACAAGCCAUGCUACGCAUCCCCGGCGCCCCUCAGACAUUGAUCCAAGAAUCGCUCCUGACCCUCCCGCCCAGCACCCUCCUCACUCUCUCCCUCUACACCCCCACCUCCCACAUCCUUCAAGCGUCGCUCAUCCCCAGCGCCCAAACCCAGAACCAGACCUUCCGCCGGAAACUCAUCUCCGCGCUUCUCACGCCCUCUCCGCGCUCCCCCUCCCCCGCCCUAACUCUCGCUGAUUCCAACAGCGGCACGCACAUCCUUGACGCUCUGCUCCCAUCCGCAUCUAGCCUGCUGUCACUGAUCGAGCGGGUAGCAGUCGCGCUGUGCGCCGCGGAGACCCAGCUGCGCGAUUCGUUCACGGGCCGCAUCGUCUGGCGGAAUUGGAGUAUGGAUCUGUUCAAGCGGCGGAGAGGGGAGUGGGUUAAGAAGGUGCAGGCUGCUGGUCCCGCGACCGAAAAGGUCUCGUCCGUGGAUAUUCAGCAUGGUUCGGCGGCGGUUAGCAGUGGGCAGAGUAAGAAGGUGGGGGUGGUUGAGGGGAAGACCAAAGGGGCGGCGGUGAAGAAGGGGGAGGGAAAGACGGCGAUUCAGUUGGCGAGGGAGAGAUUUGCGGCCAGUAAGAAGGAGAAGCAGGGAAAGGGAAAAGGAGGAGGGAUAAUGAAAGGGACGGGGGCUAAUACCAUUGUUGCUUAGAUACCCAGAUCAAGGAAUGAAAAAGGCCUACCUAAAUUUACUCGCGA